GGAAAGUCGAAGUCUCCUUUCAUCCUUGUCUCCUCAUCCGCAAGGCUAGAUCGACAGCUUUCAUCUUCAUGUGCAAUCCUCACGCUCACAGCACCGUCACCUAGCGCACCUACAGCUGCCAACACAAGUGUGCUCAUUACAGCUCGAGCUGUUGCACAACCACAGCACUCGUCGCAUCGCCAACACGCAAGGCACCAGGCACUCGAUCCAUCGACUUGCAAUACCCACACUCGCACUUCAUCCAGCGACCGACUCCACUGACACAGCACCCCACGCAAGUCUCCAGCAUGCUCGCUGCAUCCAUCGCCGGACCAUCGUUCAGACACGCCACGCGGGAAUCGCCCCGACUCGUUAGGCGCACCUCGAAGCUGGCAUCAGCAGCUUAUUCGGACGCAGCAACGCCACAGCGAGGCCCAGGCACCAACUCUACGCCCACGCUCAGCGCCGCAGAUCGAUCGCUGUUAUCUCAGAUGCUGCGUGUCGAUCAUGCGGGAGAAGUGGCUGCCAACACCAUCUACGAAGCUCAGGCGGAUGUGUUUAGGCGCUUAGGUGAUCGCAAGACGGAGAAUUUGAUGCUGGAAAUGUGGUCUACUGAAAAGAAGCAUCUGAGAGUCGUGCUGCAGCUGCUGCGUCAGCAUCGCGUAACGCCUUCCAAGUUGCUACCGGUCUGGAGCGCUGCUGGAAGCCUUUUGGGUGCAGUCACGGCGCUCUUGGGCAAGGAAGCGGCCAUGGCGUGUACCGAGGCGGUCGAGACGGUGAUUGGGGAGCAUUAUGACGACCAAUUGGAUCAUCUGGCAGCGCUGACCGAGCAGCCGGAGACCCUCGAGGAUGCAAGACCGCAAGACAGUGAUCCUGCCUUGACAUUGUUGAGGUCUGUCAUCGAAGAAUUUCGAGACGACGAAUUGGAGCAUCUCGACACUGCAGUAGAGCACGAGGCGCAACAAGCGCCAGCGCACGCUUUACUCAGUGCGAUAGUCAGCUUGGGAUGCAAGGGUGCCAUACAGCUUGCUGGACGGUAUUGAGCAGUGUGCGCUCUGCGCUCGUGGUUGUCCGUCACGACACACGUCAUUCUCGCUGGGGCGGGAACAGGCAGGCUCACUCCGAAGAUGUCCGCUGCACAGGCUCAAGGUUUCCUUGGUUUCAGCUCUUGACGGGACAUCAUCAGCCGCCCGCUCUGCUUGG